AUGAGGUUAGAGGCCGCUGCGAGGAUGGAUCUGUUCCGGAAGCUGUGGAGGGCCAGGAAGCUGCUCGUGGUGGUUCUCAUCCCGCUCUCUCUGCUGCCGCUGCCGCUCAUCCAUCCAACCAGCGAAGCAAGCUGUGCAUAUGUUCUGAUUGUCACAGCCAUUUACUGGGUGUCGGAAGCAGUUCCUUUGGGUGCUGCUGCCCUGGUCCCCGCCUUCCUUUAUCCACUGUUUGGGGUGCUCAAGUCUAGUGAGGUAGCAGCAGAGUACUGUAAAGACACCACUCUUCUGCUGAUGGGAGUCAUCUGCCUUGCGGCUUCCAUCGAGAAGUGGAACCUGCACAAACGUAUCGCUCUGAGGAUGGUGAUGGUCGCAGGAGCCAAACCGGGAAUGUUGGUGCUGGGGUUCAUGUGCUGCACGGUUUUCUUGUCUAUGUGGCUGAGUAACACCUCAACCACAGCCAUGGUGAUGCCCAUCGCGGAGGCCGUGCUGCAGCAGCUCAUCUGCACCGGGCUCGCCGACAGUCUGGAGAACCCCGACAGCACCGACGAGACAGAGGACGGUCAGCAGGACAACAUGGAAAAAGAACAAAACGUAGAGAAAAAUCAACUGGAGCUGCUCUAUCGAGAUGACAGCAAUAACUGCACUAAACAGGAGCUCUCUACAGUCAGUGAGAGUGGAGAGCUGAACAGUUUAGGGCUGUGUCCAAACUCACGCAUCAUGAAUAACACAAAUGGACAUCUACCCCAGGUGGCGGUGGAGAUCCCCAACGUAAAGCGAGUGAAGAUGAGGAGGGACUCGCAGUACCCAACGAAGAGGGACCACAUGAUCUGUAAAUGUCUGACUCUGAGCAUCACGUACGCCUCCACUAUCGGAGGGCUCAUGACCAUCACCGGCACCUCCACCAACCUCAUCUUCGCCGAGCAGUUCAACACGCGGUAUCCAGAUGCUAAAGUCAUAAACUUCGGCACUUGGUUCAUCUUCUCGUUCCCCAUCGCCAUCAUCAUGUUAGUGCUCACCUGGCUGUGGUUGCACUUCCUGUUCCUGGGCUGCAAUUUCAGGGAGACGUGUUCUCUGAGUAAGAAACGCAAAACCAGACGCGAGAUGCUGUCGGAGCAAAGGAUCCACGAGGAGUAUGAAAAACUGGGACCAAUCAGUUACCCUGAGGUGGUGACUGGAGUGUUUUUCGUUCUGAUGACUCUGCUAUGGUUCACCAGAGAGCCAGGUUUUGUCCCUGGAUGGACCUCCCUGUUUGAGAAAAAAGGCUACAGGACUGAUGCCACUGUGUCUGUGCUGUUGGGUUUUCUCCUUUUUCUCAUUCCUGCUAAAAGGCCCUUCUCCUCGUCCUGCACAUCUGGCUGUAAAGACAUAGACUCGGAGGAGGACUCUCUGACCCCUAUGAUCACCUGGAAGGAUUUUCAAAGGCUGAUGCCGUGGGAGAUUGUGAUCCUAGUAGGAGGAGGCUAUGCUCUGGCAGCCGGCUGUAAGGUAUCCGGGUUGUCAGUGUGGAUUGGCCGGCAGCUGGAGCCCAUGAGCGGCCUGCCCCCGUGGGCUGUGACCCUGUUGGCUUGUCUGCUUGUGUCCGCAGUCACAGAGUUCGCCUCCAACCCAGCAACUCUCACUGUGUUUCUGCCCAUACUCUGUGCACUGUCAGAGACUCUGCAGAUUAACCCUCUGCACACCCUGAUCCCGGCCACCAUGUGCGUCUCAUUCGGGGUCAUGCUUCCUGUGGGAAACCCUCCAAACGCCAUUGUCUUCAGUUAUGGGCAUGUGCAAAUCAGAGACAUGGUUAAAGCUGGAUUUGGAGUUAACCUGAUAGGAGUGGCUGUUGUCAUGUUGGCCAUCACCACAUGGGGUGUCCCUCUGUUUAGCCUCACAGAAUUCCCAGUCUGGGCUAUGGGUAGAAACAUCACAGUGGACCUAUAACACCACUGUGCCAGGACUAAAGGGGGAAUAUAUCAGAGACAGUCAACAUGUAGCUACAAGAUGGCUGCUUCUAAGGCUUAGACCACUCAGAGAGA